AUGGAAGUCGCGGUGCGUGCAUUGUCUGGUGACUUGCUUUGUUCCUUUGAGGUGCUAGCCACGCAAACGGUGGCCGAUUUGAAAGAAUUGAUUCGAAAGAGCACGCAGAUCAAGCCAAAUUUGCAGAAGCUGCUACUGGGGGUCAAGCUGCUAUCCAAUGGUGAAGCCUUGGGCAGUCUCCUCACAGAAGGAGCCCCCAACGAAGUCAUACUGCUGCAAGUUGACAAACGGAUUGAAGAAGUCGAAGAGGAUUGGCGUCGUUUGCGGAAGGCAUCUGAGGCAGUGCGCAACGACAAGGACUUGGUGUUGGCGGCCAUUCACCGCAGCGCUGGCGAAGCAGUGAAGUUUGCUGGAGACCAGGCUCGGGCAGAUCGUGAGGUUAUGCUUGCUGCCAUGGAGCACAACGGGUCUCUUUACAAGUAUGCCAACCCGUUGCUGGGUGCGGAUUUGGAAUUCAUGUCCGCUGCGCUGCGACAGAGCCCCUGCCAGAACGAUCCACUUCCCGCUUGGCACUGGCAUACUUCCGAAAGUAUGUGCUCGGACAAGGCCUUCAUGCUGCUGAUGGUAGCCCGACAGGGAGUGGCUUUGCAACACGCUUCCUGUGAGCUCCGAGGUGACGAGGAACUGGUCAGAGCUGCAAUGUCUUCAUACGUGCUUGCGUUUCAAUAUGCAUCUGAAACGCUGAAGAGCGAUCGCCAAUUUGCGGAGCAUGCAGUCAAAGCAUCCGUCAGGAAUUUAUUGCACGUGCCUGAUGAUUUGAAAGCGGACAGGAACUUCAUCUUGAAUUGCUUGAUACCGUUCCAUGAAGGCAAUUCCCGAAGUUACACUUUGCCCUCCAUUCUGCAAAAGCUGCCGGAUUCUCUACACGGUGACCGCGCUGUCGUCCUGCGGGCCUUGCUGUCUUUGCCGCUGUGUCACCGGAGAGAGGAGCUCUUGCGAGCUAGGAAGGACCUGCAUUCUGACGAGGGGCUCCGGGCUGCUGCUGGCCUUUCAGGUAAGCCUGUCCCAUCUGGAGGAAUCCGAACUGAGGCACGUGAGCCCGCGGCAUUGCUGGCAGGUGAGCUUCCGAAGAAGCAGGCCUUCUGGCACAAGCUUCUUGAUAAUGACAAGCUCCGUCUGGAUCUUGACCUUGUCAGCGCAGCCUUGGAGGAUGAUGCGAGCGUUUAUGAGCUUCUGCCUGAGGCCAUGCGCUGCCGAGAGCAGAUUGCCCUGCUGGCUUUUCGCAGGCAUCGAAUAAAGCUCCCUAAGCCCUUGCUGAGUAAUCGCAACGUGGUAGUGGAAGCUGCUGCGAUUCAAGUGAAUGCUAGUGACGUAGAGAAGAGGCGCCUGCAAAAGCUGCCCUUGACCCAACUUGUUGCAAAGUUUGAGCUUGCCUAA